CUCAGUGACAUGAGAAGCAAAAACAAAACAUACAACAGCUGGGAUUCGCUAGUGGUCACCCACCUAACUACUAAUCAGCCGGUUCACAGCUUAAAUUUGGCAGAGCGGACGGGAUGCCUUGCAUUCUGUGACCUAUGGUCGUAUGUGACAGAGAUGUUUUGA